CGGCCCGGCCCGGCUCGCCUUCGGGCAGCGGCAGGAUGGAAGAGUGAUUUGCCUGAGAAAUGUGCAGGCCCUCUCAUUCAUCUGCAAGAAUGUUUCUUAUGAAUACCUCUCCUUUGGUAGCCCUCCAGAGAAAAUGGGAGCCUUUUGCCCAGGCAAGGAGCUGUCGAUACCCCGUCUGCUUCUCAGAAUCUGAAGAUGACAUUGCUAGAACAUCUGUAAGCACAAAAGUGCAGAUGAUCAUAAAAAAUCUGCAAUCUGAAGAGUCGUCCUUGGGCACUACCAAUGAAUAUGGCUGUAUUUUGCAAAAAAAAAGGAAGGGAGCAAAAAUCAGAGGUCACAGACUGCGGGGUAAUGGCAGAAUACCACUUCAAGAACGUGCUAAAUAUGCCCAGCGCAGUUGUCCAGCUGACUCUGAUGGCAUGGAAGUGGAAGAGAGUUCAGAGUUUGGGCCCUCCUCAUUGAAUUCUGACAGUGAUGAUUCUGUUGAUCGAGAGAUAGAAGAAGCCAUUCAAGAGUACUUGAAAAACAAAGGCCAGAGCAUCCCACCCUUGCCAAGCAAUACCAAGAGUUUGCGCAGCACUAAUACACACAAGAGUUUCAUAAAAGAACAUCCUUCAUAUGAUGUAGCUUGUAAUGUGUUCCCUGCCAGUGUGAACUCAAAUCUGAUUCCUCAGCAUCUUGCUCCUGACUUUCUGGGAGAUGAUGCACUCCAGUGGGCUCCCUCCCCUUGCAGCGUGAGCAGCGAUGACUCUUUUGAGCAGAGUAUAAAAGCUGAGAUAGAGCAAUUCCUAAAUGAAAAGAAACAGCAAGCAAGAAAGAAGAGUGUAUCUGUGGGGAGUAAGAGUCUUGAUCAGAAAGAGGCACAAGAGAAAUUAGCAAUUAAGAGUCAGAAAAAUGGAAGUAGCAAAGCAAGCCCAAGUUCUUUAAAGUGCAAAGGGAAGGCAUUCUUUUUAAGGAGGCAUCCUGAACUACAGAACACCACUCCUCCUCCUAAAUGUUUGAUGGUGAAGACAGAAGAGUUCAUGGACUUCAAAAAAACAAGCCAAAAGCAUUUCAAAGCAUCUGGGGCUAGCCAUUCCUGCAUACUGGAGCAAAGUAACAAUGGUGACAUCGGGCAGAAGUUUUGGAAAGCUAGAGGAGAACAAAGUGCUGAAAGUGUGGAUUUAUCUGAUUCAAGUAGUGAUGAUGGUAUUGAAGAAGCUAUUCAACUUUACCAGCUAGAAAAAGUCAGAAAAGCAGCAAAUGUCCGAGCAGGCUGUGUUCCUUCUCAAAAGGAUAGGGGGCUAGCAGAUAUAUCUGCAAGUCUGACAAUCCAUUCAGAAAAAAGUGCCUUGCCAGAAAACUCUAGAACAACUCUAAGCAACAAGAGGAAAGAGAUUGGCUCAAAGUCUACAGAAUUAAAUAAGAUUGGUGUCAUCUGUCAUGAGAUCGAGAAAGGCAGAUGUUGCACUUCUGCAAACAAUUUUACCAGUUAUGCAGUCACUUUGCAGACCUGCAGAGCAGACACUGCAGCUGAGUUGAUGUGUGCAGAAGCCAUCCUGGACAUCUCCAAAACUAUUUUACCCCCACCUGCGGCAAAUGACAGCAGAUCCCUCCUGACAUAUCCUUUGUCCCCCUCCCAGAGCAUCCCUUCUUCCCACCAAGAGAGUGACAGUAAUGCCGUGGACAGUGAUGAUAGCAUUGAACAAGAGAUAAGGGCUUUUUUGGCUAUCAAAGCACAGACUGAACGUUUGAUAACAAAAUCUGAUGAGGCCUUAAAUGCUGCCCCAAAUCCUCUGUCUUCUGGGCAGCCAUGUGAUCAGAACAGGAGUCCUAAGCGAUCCUUCCCCAACACAUUAAAACUGUCGCUGGGUCAGAAAAGGAAGCUCAAAAAGGAGGGCUAUGUGUCAAGACAGAAACAGGACAAACAAACGACACAGUUAGAGAUGGAUUAUAACUACCUGGGGAAUGAUAACUAUUCAAAACCGUUUGCAUCCCAAGAGGAGAAUAUUCUGAGCAGUGUGAAAAACAGUGAAACAGGAGGGGCUACUAUGAAAGAAGAAGUUGCUCCAGCCACUGUCAGUUCUGUGGAUUUUGCGAACCCUCCACCAAGGCUUCUUGGCACGGGAGGGCUGGUAAGAAAUACAAGACAAGCUCUGCAGAAAUAUGUCACAGAUGACAAGAGCAGCUCUUUGGACAGUGAUGAGGAUCUGGAUACAGCUAUCAAAGAUCUCUUAAGGUCAAAACGGAAGCUAAAGAAAAAACCCAAAGACCAAAAAAUUCAGUGCAAGAAGAAAGUGAGAUUUGGUAAUGCAGAAAUGCAUAUUUUUGAGGAUAAACUUGAAGUCCUCCAAGAAAAAGACUGCAAAUCCAAAAAUUCCACUUUGCUGAAAAGCUGCCUUCUGAGAUCCAGACGGAACAUGAUGGAGGAGAGUCCACAGGGAGAGUCCCAAUACGCCGUGAAAGGGAGAUCCAGAAAUGCAGAGGCCUUCCAGCUUGCAUUAAUGUUUGGGAAGGGAUGCCGUCCAUUUUCUGAGCCAGACAGUCAAGCAGCAGCAAUAAAUGAUCAGCAUCCUUGGAUUGCCACACCCUUGAUAGAAGACAGCAGUUCUUUGGAUAGUGAUGACAGUAUUGAACAAGAAAUUCAAAGAUUCUUGGCAGAAAAAGCCAAAGAUUCCUCAAGUACUGUGCACAUAGCCAGUGCCCUUGGAAUUGUUGAUACUCUGAAAGCUGCUCAGCCCCAAACUGCUCAAUCAAAAGCAAAGCGCCAGCAGUUGGAGGGUGAGGACGUUGCCUUAUCAAAACACAGUAAGAGAGCAAAGAAGGCACGCCAGCCAAGGACUACGUUGAGAAGCCCUCUGAGAACUGAAAGAGAGGGAGCAGGAAAUGUUUCUCAGAUUGGUGAGCCAGCCAUCACCUGCAUGGAAGACAUAUGCACCCAAGUAACAGGGAAGUGCCAGAGAAACCAGGGAACUGAACAAGCUAAAGGUGCCAGUUUAUCUGUAAAAAGAACUGCAGUAGAGAGGAAGGGCGUCUCUGGUGGCAAGCUUGAUCAGAAACGCCUUUCAUCUUGGAAGGAAAAGGCUGAGAACUGUAAAUUACAAAAUUAUUUUAAACGUAUGUCAGCUUUCAAAAGAAAGAGCCCAUAUGAGUUUAAAAUUUCCAGUAAGUUUAUAACAGGCUUCAGAAGUGCCCAGAAGAAGAAGAAAUCUGUACUUUUUAGGAAAAAGCCGAGCAUAGAAUUUUCAGUACUCCAGAGCAAUGUGUUCAGGAGGCAGGAAGGUUUGCUUGGUGAAAGAUGUGAAGCUCCUGCGCAAACAGGGAUCCUGGGUUCCAAAAGCGAGGUAAAAGAGGCAGACUUGGAUGUACAGUGUAUAGCAGAGGGGCUGUAUCCCCCUGUAUCAGAAAAAACAGAGGUUAUCCCUUUAAGUAUUGCAGUGGUCAGUUUUGCAAAAGCAAAACUUGUUGGUGAUGCAGAGCCUUGUUCCAGCGCAGAUUCAAAGCACAGCCGUUUUUUGCAGGAGCCCAGUGCGGAUGUUGCCAGAGAAGUUAAUGUUAUCUCAACACCAUUGGAGGUCUCCCUUAUGGAAAAGGAAGGGAAAGUCCAACAUCACAGCAACAACUGGGAGGAAUUCAGGGGUCCCCAGUCUUGUAACUUGCCAUUGAAAGAGUCAGUGUCAUUGAUCCAACAGGACAGAAUAGCUGAGACGCAAACCCAGAAAGCUUUAGAGGAAGGCUCUAAAAUGUACAGAUAUACCUGCAGUGGCACAAACUAGUUCUCUGGGGGGUAAACAAGGCUUCCAGUUUGUAAGUACUUUUUAUUUUACAGCAGCAUUUAGUCAUUGUUAAGGUAACUCAGAAGACUGUGUCGUAGUUGGUCAUGUUGAAGGAUGAAAUGUUUUUAAACAAAAUGGGUUUUUGUUCUUCCUCUCGCAUGACUUUGGUGUACAAGGAUUGUGCAGCUGACUGACUCAGUGGCUGCAGUCCCUCCUGCCCAUGGCGUGAAGUAUGCUUAUGCUGCCCUUCAUACAUUACAAAAAUAAAUGCUUUUUUCUGACAGAUUGAACUCUCUUAAUACCGUGAUGCAAGCUGUCAUGUCCGUGUCUUACGAGAACUUAAAACUGAAAGGGAAAAGUGGGAUAUCUACUUUGAGUCUCUGUGAGAAAGGCAUACUAAAAAUAGCAUAACUAAAGUAAAUUAAAAAUGAUCAAAUGAUGAGGGACCACAAGCGUACAUACAAAUAUGAAAUGUUUCAAUUUUUUUCAUUCUGGUUGUUGUGGGUUUUCCGGGCUGUAUUGCCGUGGUCUUGGCAUUGUAGUUCCUGACGUUUCACCAGCAGC